GUUCUAUUGUACCACUUUCACUGGGCGGCCAUACAUGAACGAUAAUUGGGAGCAUUUUCCGACGAUCGUUUCUCGAGUGAAGUAACCCCUACAUCAUUUUGCUCCGGUUUUCUUUUCCACAGGGAAAGAUCUCCAAUUUUAUUACAGUCAAUCAAAACGGCUUCUCACGGGUCGAAAGACACGCUAUCAAUUCUAGAGCAAACUUGCACCCCAAAGUCCAUUUUGUUCAAUACAGCUCGCAAAAGAUCUUUACUACAGCCUCCUCACACAUUUCCCCCUUCUCCAACUGCGCAGCGACUUCCCCACUCUCUGCCCAGUUCCAUCAGCAUACAAGAUCUUGAUACCGAACACCUUGCAGACAAGAUGGACAACAGGAAACACCCCAGUUCCUUCCAGCAGCUGGAGAAGUUAGGAGAGGGCACAUACGCUACUGUUUUCAAAGGUAGAAAUAGGCAGACUGGUGAACUUGUCGCCUUGAAGGAGAUCCACCUCGAUUCCGAAGAGGGUACACCAUCGACUGCGAUCCGAGAAAUUUCCUUGAUGAAAGAGUUAAAACAUGAGAACAUUGUCAGCUUACACGAUGUCAUACAUACCGAGAAUAAGCUCAUGCUGGUUUUUGAACAUAUGGACAAGGACUUGAAGAAGUACAUGGACACUGCAGGAGACAGGGGAGCUUUACCACCUCCUACGAUCAAAUCAUUCAUGCACCAACUCCUUAAGGGGAUCGAUUUCUGUCAUCAAAAUCGAGUCCUCCACAGAGAUCUAAAGCCCCAAAACCUUCUCAUCAACAUGAAGGGUCAACUCAAACUUGCGGAUUUUGGUCUUGCGCGUGCAUUUGGUAUCCCUGUCAAUACUUUCUCCAACGAGGUGGUUACUCUAUGGUACAGAGCACCAGACGUCCUCCUUGGAAGCCGAACCUACAAUACCAGUAUUGACAUUUGGUCUGCGGGAUGCAUUAUGGCAGAAAUGUAUACGGGACGUCCCUUGUUUCCUGGUACAACCAACGAGGAUCAGUUGGUACGAAUUUUCAGGAUUAUGGGAACACCAUCUGAGCGAACAUGGCCUGGAAUCUCUCAAUUUACCGAAUACAAGUCAAACUUUCAGAUGUAUGCAACUCAAGAUCUACGAGUUAUCUUACCUCAGAUUGAUGCUGUUGGUAUCGACCUUCUUCAGAGAAUGUUGCAAUUAAGACCGGAAUUGAGAAUCAGUGCACAUGAUGCUUUAAGCCAUCCAUGGUUCAACGAUUUACCAGGAGCAAUGAGACGCCCACAGGUACAACAAGGACAGAUGCCAAUGCAAAGGGGAUAUGCACCGCAAGAGGUUGCCCAAGGAGGUUACCAACAAUAUUGACGGAUUUCUUUUAAGCGAACUUAUGAUACCUCUAUUAUUGGGGAAAAGGCGUUGGACAGGAUGGCAUGGAGAGAGACUUGGGUGCGUGUGUUUUCAUCGCAGGUUAUGAUCGAUCUAUGAUAAUGAAUUUCUUUAGCUUCCAAUUCAUGAUCUUCAUAUUACGUACGGAUUCCAUUUCUAUAUGACAUACUUCUCAAGCUACACCGAGGCGAUAACCUCAGCCUCAUGUUCACAGACCUUUAUUUGUGACUUAUGUUGCAUGUCUGAUGUUUCGGGCUGUGCAAAUAUAUAGCCACCAGCUUUCUUGGCUUAACAGUGGCUCUUCUACAGGCCAGAUGACCCGUGCGUAAUUCUUAUUCAAAUGCAUGAUUCUCCUAGUAGCCUUGAAAAUCGAAGCAGGAUGAGAAUCCGUAAUCCUCAUGUCUGAAUUGGAAUUGUAUAUCAAGACUCGAUUCAAUUUCAAAUGUGCAAUGGGGACAGUUUUCGGUUUUCCAAUAAUACGCAAAUCGUUGCUUCUACCUAGGAGCUCACUGGGGCAGGACGAUUUCUUCGAGUGUUCAAAAGCUUAUUAAGAGAAGCUCAUUUAAAAGAAAAGACUACUACAUGAUCAUAAAGAUGGAGCAAGUAAAACAUAUUAGAUAAGUAUCAAUAUAUAGCCAAUGCAAGGAAGUUUUCAAAUGCGAUCGUGAGAGGUCAUUUUUUCAUAAUUAGUUGGUCGGGAAAUAAUACUCUGAAUAUAUCACAACUGUUGGUGUGUGAUCGUUCAGUGUGUUUAUAUAUGAGGUGUGGAUGUGCAUCACGUAAAUAUCUCGCCAAAGCCGGGACA